AUGAGACUCUGGGGAACCUUGAUCCUACCGGGGCUGGCCUCUGCGGCCGGCGUCAUGGCCCGCGCAGACACCGGCAUCCUCGACAAGUGCCCGGGGUAUACAGCCUCCAACGUGCAGAUCACCGACUCGGGGCUGACGGCGUCCCUGUCCCUCGCCGGCACCGCCUGCAACGUCUACGGCGACGAUAUCCAGGACCUCGUCCUCCAAGUCACCUACGAGACCGACAACCGCCUGCACGUCAAGAUCCAGGAUGCCGCCAACCAAGUGUACCAGGUGCCCUCGUCCGUCUUUGCGCGGUCCUCGUCCACCUCGCGCGCCUCGGCCAGCCAGCUGCGCUUCACCCACACGACCGCGCCCUUUUCCUUUGCCGUCGCGCGGCGCGACACCGGCGAGGUGCUGUUCGACACGGCCGCGGCGGCGCUCGUCUUUGAGACGCAGUACCUGCGCCUGCGCACCGCCCUGCCCGCCGACCCGUACCUGUACGGCCUCGGCGAGCACUCGGACCCGUUCCGGCUCAACACGACGGCGUACGUCCGCACGCUCUGGAACCAGGACAGCUUCGGCAUCCCCAACGGCGCCAACCUGUACGGCGCGCACCCGUUCUACCUGGAGCAGCGCGCGGCCGGCGGCGCCCACGGCGUGCUGCUGCUCAACUCCAACGGCAUGGACAUUGUCGUGGACCAGAACCCCGCCACCGGGCAGCAGUACCUCGAGUACAACACGCUCGGCGGCGUGCUCGACUUGUACUUCUUUGCCGGCCCGCAGCCCGUCGACGUGGCGAGGCAGUACGGCGCCCUGGCCGGCACGCCCGCCAUGCCGCCGUACUGGGGCCUGGGCUACCACAACUGCCGCUACGGCUACCAGGACGCGUUCGAGGUCGCCGAGGUCGUGCACAACUACAGCGCCGCCGGCAUCCCGCUCGAGACCAUGUGGACCGACAUUGACUACAUGGACCGCCGCCGCGUCUUCUCCCUCGACCCGGAGCGGUACCCCCUCGCCACCAUGCGCGCCCUCGUCACCCACCUGCACGGCCGCGACCAGCACUACGUCGUCAUGGUCGACCCCGCCGUCGCCUACCAGGACUACCCGCCACUGCGCCGCGGCCUCGAGCAAAACGCGUUUCUGCUCCGCGCCAACGGCUCCGCCUGGGUCGGCGUCGUGUGGCCCGGCGUCGCCGUCUUCCCGGACUGGUUCGCCGAGACGGCCGACAGCUACUGGACAAACGAGUUCAGGCUCUUCUUUGACAAGGACGACGGCGUGGACAUUGACGCCCUCUGGAUCGACAUGAACGAGCCCAGCAACUUUCCCUGCAACUUUCCCUGCGACGACCCGUACGCGGCCGCCGAGGGCUAUCCGCCGCCCGCGCCGCCCGUGCGCGCCACGCCGCGCUCGCUGCCCGGCUGGCCGUGCGAGUUCCAGACCGGCGGCUGCACCAGCAAGCGCGACGCCGCCGGCACCAUCCUCGUCCAGACAAGCAACCGCAACGUCGCGCCGUUUGUCAACACCGACCGCCUGAUCCUCCCCGCGCGCGCCGCCGGCGGUGACCAAAAAGGCCUGCCCGGCCGGGACCUGCUGUUCCCCAAGUACGCCAUCCACAACAAGGCCGCGUACCGGGACGACUGGAACGCGGACCGCGGCGGGCUCUCCAACCACACCGUCAACACCGACGUGCGGCACCAAAACGGGCUCAGCAUGUACGACACGCACAACAUGUACGGCGCCCUCAUGUCCACGGCCUCGCACGCCGCCAUGCUCGCGCGCCGCCCGGGCCUGCGGCCGCUCAUCAUCACCCGGAGCACCUUUGCCGGCGCCGGCCGCACAGUCGGCCACUGGCUGGGCGACAACGUCUCGACGUGGCAAAAGUACCGCGAGUCCAUCCGCGGCAUGCUCGCCUUUACCGCGCUCUUCCAGUUCAACAUGGUGGGCUCCGACGUGUGCGGCUUCGCGGGCACCGCGACCGAGGAGCUGUGCGCGCGCUGGGCCAGCCUGGGCGCGUUUUACAGCUUCUACCGCAACCACAACGAGUACGGCACGCCGGGACAGGAGUUUUACCGCUGGGAGAGCGUGACGGCGGCGGCCAAGAAGGCGAUUGAUAUCCGGUACAGGCUGAUGGACUACUUUUACACCGCCAUGCAGCGCGCCAGCGAGGACGGCACGCCGAGCAUCGCGCCCGUCUUUUACCACUACCCCGCGGAUCAGGCCGCGUGGGCGCUCGAGCUGCAGUACUUCUACGGUCCGGCCAUCAUGGUCGCGCCCGUCACGGAAGAGGGCGCCACCAGCGUCGACGUGUACCUCCCCGAGGAUAAAUACUACGACUGGUACACGCACCAGGUGAUCCGCGGCGGCCGCACGCACACAUUUGCCGAUGUCGACGUGACUACUAUUCCGCUGCUCAUCCGCGGCGGCGUUGUCAUCCCGCUGCGCGUCAAGUCGGCCAAUACCACGACGGAGCUACGCAAGCAAGAUUUUGAGCUGCUCGUGCCGCUGGACGAGAACGGUACCGCGGCUGGCGAGCUGUAUGUCGACGACGGCGUGUCGGUGACGCAGAAGCCGGGCGGUGUGACCGACGUCCAGUUCAAGUAUGAAAAGGGCGUGCUGAGUAUUAGCGGCACGUUUGCUGUGGACGCACUCCCGCGCAUUACUAAAGUGACGGUGUUGGGUGAAGGAUGCAAGACGAAGCACGCAGCAGUAGCAGGUGCGUCCGAAGACGGUAGGAGGAGCCGGUCGGUCAAUGUGGACAUUUCGCUCAACGUGGCGAGUACGAUCAACAUUUGA